AAAGUUAAGCUGUAUUUACCCUGCCCUCGUUAUAACGAGUUAAUCUGCGUGUGACACUUGGUGUACAAAGCCCCAGGCUGCAAGUUAUGCGGUGGUGUGGUGGUCGGACCAACCCCUCAGCACAAUAACCAAACGCCGUGUAAAACCGAGUUCUCAAGCACUUGACGAUGAUUCUGAUUGUGGUCGGCACAGUCCUGGCGACUGUGAUCGCCGUAGUCGCUGUCGUGAUGAUCACGUGCCCGUGGGUGAAGUAUGACGUUCAGUAUAUCAAGAAAGGAAUCAAGCUCAUCACAAUGCUCAAGAAGAAGUUGCGGUCGCGAGAGUAUGCUGUGGACUCUCUGGAGAGGCAGGUGCGCGAGCGUCCCAAACAGACGUUCAUCAUCUACCAGGACAACAAUUACACCUACGAGUUCGUGGACCAGAAAGCUAAUCAGAUAGCUCGGGCUGCCCUCAAAGUGGGACUCAAGGCUAAAGAUGUUGCUGCAAUCAUGAUGCUCAAUGAACCAGCUUUCCUAUGGACAUAUUUCGGACUGCAGAAGAUCGGCGUUUCCGUCUCUCUCAUCAACUACCACCUCCGUCACAAGUCUCUCGCCCAUUCCAUCACCAACUGCAAGCCGAAGUUACUCAUCGUAGGUCAAGGUGAUGAACUGUCGUCUGCUCUGAAAGAAAUCCAAGAUGACCUCGGCGACAUCCGGAUCCUAACGCAUGACGCAGAUGUACCCGGCCUGAAGUUCGAGUCCCUCGGCAAGCUGACCGAGAGUGAGUCGAAAGACACAGUCGACUACAAGCACAGAGCGGAAGUGACAGUCACGGACGUGGCAUCGUUCAUAUUCACUUCCGGCACUACUGGCCUACCGAAACCAGCGAUCGUUUCUCACAAGAAAACACUCUUCGCCUUGACCGCAUUCUCUGUGUUUGACUUCAAUGAGAAUGACGUGCUGUACGAGGUGCUGCCCCUGUAUCACUCGGCGGGCCUCAACCUCGGCGUGCUCUCCGUCCUGAACGCGGGCGCUGUCAUGGUAUUACGGACCAAGUUUUCCGCCAGCAACUUCUGGUACGACUGUCGUAAACACAACGUCACAGUGGUGCACUACAUCGGGGAAAUGUGCCGGUACCUCGUCAACAGACCAAAGACCCAGGAAGAUGGGAUUCACACUAUCCGGACAGCUGUAGGCAACGGGCUGCGAAAAGACAUCUGGGAAGAGUUCGCGACAAGGUUCAGGAUACCGCAGGUUCUGGAGUUCUAUGCAGCGACAGAAUCACCAGUAGGCUUCACCAACAUCUUCAACAAAGUUGGCAGCGUUGGAAGAGCCUCGCCACUGACGAGCUUGCUUUUCCCGGCUGUUUUCGUUGAGUUUGAUGAGGCUACGCAGACCGCAAGGAGGGACGCAGGUGGACGUUGUAUCAGGGUGGGGAAAGAUCGCGUAGGGCUCCUGAUUUCGCCUCUAGAUAAAAUCAGGACAUUUGAGGGCUACCAUAAUCGCCCCGUAGACAACGAGAAGAAGCUGCUCCGUGACGUCUUCAAGUCUGGUGACGUCUACUUCAACACGGGCGACCUCUUCUACGUGGACAACGAAUACUUUGUUUACUUCCAGGACCGCACUGGAGAUACGUAUAGGUGGAAGGGGGAGAAUGUGUCGACUAAUGAAGUAUCCAAUGUGCUGUCCACCGUCGACUUCGUCCACGAUGCCAACGUUUACGGCGUCACUGUUCCAGGUUGUGAAGGCAGGGCAGGAAUGGCUGCUAUUCAUCUGAAGGAGGACGUUCAACUUGACUCUAAAGGCCUGAAAGAUAUCAGUAGGCAUUGUGCCCAAGAACUUCCGUCCUAUGCACGACCCAAAUUCUUACGCGUUCAACGACAGAUGAGUCUGACAAGCACCUUCAAGCAGCAGAAAGUUGACCUUAUUAAUGAAGCAUUUAACCCUACGAAGGUUGACGAGCCUCUCUACUAUUUUGACAGUAAGAAGAAUGCGUUUGAACCAAUCAGUGAAGACAUAUACGAGGACAUUGCAAAUGGUCGGGUAGCUUUGUGAAAAGGCUUCGAGUAGUUACUUGGUAAAGUGAGGGGUAGGUUGGUGAGCUAUGAACCCCCAGGCCUUACUGUAACCCGUCCUGUCUCACAACAUAAGCAGUGUUGUCGGUCAGUUACACCGGAGAGAUUAUCUCCGACCAUGCCAGGUGAAUGGUUCAACAUACACCACCUAUAUGAAGGCAACUAUUCUCAUACGUGAGAUCCGUGUAAAAGACCUUGAGCGUUCACAUCCAGCGGUAUUGUAGCAAAAUGUCCGCGUCAUUUUGGUCUGAUCAAGGGCGACAACAGGAUGAAAGUACAUUCAGAAAUAUCCUCGCAUCUUCGCAAAAAUAACCUUCCAUAGUUGCAGUAACGAUGUCUAAUACCCCGUUCACAUGCACAACAUUUACUAACAUAAGUAAUUUUGCACAUGUGUAACUAUAUACACAUGUGUAUAUGUAAAUGUACUAUGCAUUCACGUGAAACUUAACUUAAAGGGGAAGUGUACACGCAAAAAUCACUUUCUUUCUUUUUCUAAACAAAACGCAAUUUUAGAAUUAAUUAGUAUCUGUGUUUGAAAAUAUACACUCAUUUUUUUCACAGUGAAAGUAGG